UUGUGUUUAUCACCAGCUGUGUGUCACAGCGACUGGCAUGGCACAUUGUUGUCUCAGGUCGUGCUUAGCACUCUCAAUAGCUUAGUCAUGUUGAGAAGUAUCAGAAAUGCUCUUCACAGGAAGCGAAAUUGUGAACUGCGUCAUGGAAACAUUAAGCGAUUCUUUGGUCAGCCUGCUGCCCAAACACACCCACAUCUGCUGCAGGAAGGGGAGGUCACUCCGGGCAUAUCAAGAGCAGAAUUCUGUUACCGAAGACAAAGACUGAUGGAGGCAAUAUGGAAAACAAAACUUCACAGAAAAUCAGUUGCCAACCACAUUGCAUUAUUCCCAUCUGCCUGUAAGUCUUACAUGACACAUGACAUCCCUUACCCUUUUCGACAAAACACAGACUUCCUAUACCUCAGUGGGUUUCAGGAACCAGACAGUUUGCUCAUGUUGCACAGUAUCCCUGGAAAGUCCAGCAAUUCGUUCAAAUCAGUUUUGUUUGUACCAAAGAGAGACCCUGACAAAGAAUUAUGGGAUGGACCCCGAUCAGGUGUGGAGGGGGCUGUGGAUCUGACAGGUGUGGAUGAGGCAUACAACAUCCAUGAGCUUGAGCAUUAUUUACAGUGUUACUGUAGAGAUACGGAUUCCUUCGCUGUAUGGUAUGAUUACAUCAGACCCUGCCAUAAUGACCUCCACAACCGUGUGCUGGCACAGUUCCUCACUCAGAACCGACACACUGCCAUGGAGACUACCAAUCAGCUUGUCCAGGCCCUGCGUCUCAUCAAGUCUCCGGCAGAAGUUGCACUUAUGAAAAGGUCUUGUGAGAUUGCAUCAGAGGCUUUCCAGUCGGUAAUGCAGUUCUCCUGUCCUGGGGUUAACGAGUCCCAGUUGUAUGCUAAAGUGGAUUUUGAAUGUCGGAUGAGAAGUGCAGAGUUUUUGGCCUAUCCACCAGUGAUUGCAGGUGGUGACAGAGCUAACAUUAUCCACUACAUCAAUAACAACCAGAUCAUCCAUGCAGGAGAGUUGGUACUGAUGGAUGCAGGCUGCGAGCUCCAUGGUUACUCCAGUGAUAUCACAAGAACAUGGCCAGUCUCAGGCCAGUUUUCUGCUGUACAACGCCUGCUGUAUGAGGCUGUUUUGGCUGUUCAAGAAUCCUGUAUCCAGCAGUGUACCACCCAGAAUUCCCUGGAUGACAUUUUCUUCCACAUGUUGGAUAAGUUAGGCCAUCAGCUGAAAACGAUCGGCCUGAUCCCUCAGAACAGUAACAAGGACAGCAGGUUAAGGGCAGCCCGUCAGUUCUGUCCCCAUCACCUAGGACAUUACCUGGGCAUGGACGUCCAUGAUACAGCCGGGAUAUCACGACAAACAAAACUACAGCCAGGCAUGGUGGUCACAGUAGAGCCAGGUAUUUAUAUCCCAGCUUCCACUACUACAGUGCCUGCUGAGUUUAGAGGGAUAGGAAUCCGCAUAGAAGACGAUGUUCUGAUCACAGAUUCUGGACAAACAGUUCUCACAGAGAAAUGCCCCAAACACCCAGAUGAUGUGGAGGCCAUGGUGAGAAGCUAGUCUGCUGGAGAGGAAGCCACUAUCCAAAGAUCCUGUGAUAUUAGUCUGGUAGUGUCUUUGUGGCUGGAGAUAAUUCAUGGGAACUUUACUGCAGUACACACAAACUUAUGUGGAAAAUUUAUUGCAAACUGAUUCUCAGUUACAAGUAGAUACCACACAGGUACCAGUGACUGGUCAGACAACCUCUUCAUAAAA